AUGGCCAAUGAGCCCGUGCAACAUGGUACAGCUGAUAAUCAGUUUCAGAAAUUGAUCACUAGCUCUGAAAAUGACCCGAAACAAUUGCAAAUUGCCUAUGAGGUCCAUAGAAGCAAUAGAAAUGCCUCUUUCAGAAAUCAAAUCUGCCAACCCGGAUUUUGCGAAUGGAAAGAAGAUGAGAUCCUCUCUAAAGUCCUUGAGGGAGAGAAGGGGUUGACAGACUUCGUCGACCCGAGACACAACCUUGCCUUUUGGGCACGUCCACCACAGCAUAUCCAAGAUUUGAUAUCCAAGAUCCAGCAGGAGAUUGGUCCCUUGAUUGGGCCUGGCCUCUGGCUCGUACCACCGCACCAUCUGCACAUGACAACGCUAGAGAUCAGGUCUGAACUUACAGGACCCAAGAUUGACGAGAUCACCUCUUCCCUUGAGAUGACUGGGUCCGUCGCAGAGCUGGCAAACUACACUCUCACCCACCGUGCUCGGCUAGUCAAGCCAAUAAUCAGCUACGACACUUCUGCUAUUGCUCUGAGCUUUGUUCCCGCAGCUGGUGAGGAAGAUCGCAGUGAGUAUAGUGGAAAAGAUGACCAAUUUACAUAUCACCAUCUGCGGAGUGAUCUCUACAACAUCGUGACUCAAUCUGGCUGUCCAAUCGCGGCUAGAUAUACCGUUCCGUCUGCGCAUAUCACCAUUGCGCGCUUUAUUACGCAUAGUGGUGCCAAAGAAGGGCAGUCGAAUUCCCAAAAGCAAUUCGAGAAGAAAGCAUCCGAACUUAUUGAUAAGAUCGAGGAUCUCAAUCAUGAACUCCGCUCAAAUGUGUGGUGGAGAUUGGGGGACCCAUCUCAAGGGCAAUGGGUGAUAGGCCACGAAAAGGGGUUGGAAUUGAUGAAGGGCCCAACAUGCACAAUCUUCUUGGCGACUCCUAAAAAGGUUAGCGCCCACCCGAUAGGGCCUAAGCGAGUGAAAUCCCACAACCCAACAAUCGCACUUGCUCUCCUCCGACAAGCGACAAUCCAACGACCACCACCCAGCUAUCCGGCCAAGUCAGUCAAAAUGGUCAACAUUCCCAAAACCCGCCGGACGUACUGCAAGUCCAAGGAGUGCCACAAGCACCAACAGCACAAGGUCACCCAGUACAAGGCUGGCAAGGCCUCCCUCUUCGCCCAGGGUAAGCGCCGUUACGACCGGAAGCAGAGUGGUUACGGUGGUCAGACCAAGCCCGUCUUCCACAAGAAGGCCAAGACCACCAAGAAGGUCGUCCUGCGUCUCGAGUGCACUGCUUGCAAGGCCAAGAAGCAGCUCGCCCUGAAGCGCUGCAAGCACUUCGAGUUGGGUGGUGACAAGAAGACCAAGGGUGCUGCCCUUGUUUUCUAG